AUGGAACAAAUCACGAGCGACCACACACCACGACUCACAACCCUGGAGAAAUCAGCCCAGGAGGUAGAGCACACAAAGGAGGCCCAAGAAAGGUGAAUAGCGGCUCUUGAAGACGCACAACCAAAAAAUAACCUCAAGAUCAGAGGUAUUUCAGAUUAAAUCGAAGCAGCUAAGUUGCCUCAUCUCCUAAGAAGACUCCUCACAGAGUUACUCACCCCUAAGCAAGCCAAGAAGGUACAGCUGGAGGGCUUCUUCAGGCUCCCAAAACCAGCUAGAGCACCCGCAACAGUGACACGUGAUGUGGUGGCCCAGUUUGAAUCUGGCUGUGACACCGCAGCAGCCAAGGAGAAAUGCCCUCUCAACUUUGAAUCCAUGCAACUCACCUUCUUCGACGACCUGUCCUCUGGCACAGUGGCUUGGAGACAAUCCCUUCGCCCUCUCACCACGAUCCUGCGGACACAUAACAUCCGCUACCGAUGGACACUAACUCGCACACUAUAUGUGUCCCACGGUGACACCCAGCUCCCCGUCCGAGACAUCACGGCUGCGGAAGCCACGUUGAGAACUCUGGGCCUGCCACAGGACUCGCUUCCCAGGGCCAUACAUGCAGCUUCCUCCCAUAAUUGGGAUCCAUCUAGCCUGUUCAUCCCAAGGCGAGCCACCGCUGACCUGCACGCAAGAAGUAACCUGGAGGCUUAG